AUGGCGGCAGCGAGCGAGGACCCGUCGUUGGCCAGGCGCAUUGACAGCGCCACGCUCGCCGACGUCGCGCGCAUGCUCCCGCGCCUCGAAGAUCUGCCACCGGCCCUCGCGGCGCUCAACGAGCUCAGUGAGGCCAUGGACCGCGUCGGGCACUGGCCGAGCCUGCAUUGCUACGCGGUCCCAAACGCGUCUUCCGACCUUGGCGUCGCAGCCCUCCCAGCCUUUGCGCAUGCCAACAUCGAUCAACUCCCGGUGGCACGCAUCACAAGCGUCUGCAUCCUCAAGUACCAAGCCAAGGCGGACCCGCAGCUCCGCAUUGGCACCCUUUACGGCGACGAGGCGCACGUGGAGGACACGGAUGCACACAUCCAUGCCUAUCUGCCCCAAUCCGUCAUGCACGCACACCAGCGUGUGCACAAGGUUUUCUGCGGCGCCACACACCGUUUCCGGUGA